CCCACCCCCGUCCCCUCCCUCUCCCCCUUCCCUCUGCCCGCCCACGCCGACGACGACGAUGCCUGCACCCCCACAGUUCCCCCAACAGGCCCAACAGCCCUCGUAUCCCGCUCUUUACCUCUACCCGCUCAACGACACCUUCGUCCCCAAGCACAUCUGUCUCGCCGGCGGCCAGCGCAUCAAGAUAGGCCGUCAAACCAACGCCAAGAGUGUCCCCGGAGAGCGUAACGGCUACUUUGACUCGAAGGUGCUCAGCAGACAACACGCCGAGGUCUGGGAAGAGGCAAACAAGAUAUUCAUCAAGGACGUCAAAAGCUCAAAUGGGACCUUUAUCAAUGGUGAACGGCUCAGCCCGGAGAGCGUCGAGUCAGAACCAUUCGAGCUCAAAAGCGACGAUAUUGUGGAAUUCGGUAUCGACAUUAUAGGCGAGGACAACAAGACGGUGCUGCACCACAAGGUCGCCGCCCGCAUCGUCUGCGUCCUUACAGAGGAGGAUGUCCAGAUUGCUGCGCGGGUCGAGCAAAUGCACGCCUCUUCCUCGAACUCCAACACUUCACCUUCCGCCACCUCCCCAUCUCACAUGAUGCCGCAGCAAAACAACUUCUCCUUCCAGCAGCAAGGCCAGCCGCAGCGUCGACCAACACUCCAGAACCCCGCUCUCGGUGGCAUGGGCGGCAUGGCGAACAUGCGGCCACCCGGCAAGGGCGGUCUCACCUUCGACCAUAUCCUCAGUCGGCUGCAGGGUGAGCUCCAGAAAAGCCGCGAUACUGGCACGGAACUGCACUCCCUUUCGAACGCCAUGAGCGACGUUCGCGAUACCCUCGGUGGGCAGCUCCCCCCCAAUCUCCCUCACUACCCCUCAUCCCUGCCCCCCGUCCGUGCUCCUCAAGAACAAUCUGCCCAUAGCUCCGAGUCAGGCGAACCUGCCCCCGACAGCACCUCCUCGUCAGGUCUCGCCGAGCUUCGGUCGGAGCUCUGCGAGACGCAGUCCUCCCUCGCCAGUUACGUUACCAAAGUCAGUGCGCUCGAAGACGUCCUCGCAGAGCACGAAGCCAUCAAGACCGAGAUGUCGUCCCUCCGUGAUCUCAUGGAGGAGCGGAAACGGGAUAUGGUUACGAAACAGGAGGACGAGCAAGAAGAGCAUGACGAGGAAGACUUUGACGACGCGGCGAGCAUAUCCACCAUCAUUCCGCACGAGCUCGAGCGCGUCGAGGAGGAGGACGAGGAAGGUGCCAGCGGCGCGCACGAGGCAGAGGAGACGGAUGACGACCGUCGACGACGACGAGAGGAGCUUGGUCGCCCUCGCACGCCGGAACCGGGUAGUCUCGGCAUGCUGUCAGAGGACUCGUCAGCGUCCGGCGAGACUCGCCGACGGUCGAACACUGGUCCCUCGUCGAAGGCCAUCGACGAUCUCAUGGAGCGCCUGACGGCUCUAUCAACGAAGCUCGAGAGCGCCAUCGAGGUCAACUCGGAGCUGCGGGCCCAGCAUGCCAGCGCCCAGACCACCAUCCAGCAACUUGAGAGCAAGGUCGGCAGCCUCGAGGCGCUCGUCGUCAACACGCAAGAACGGGUGCGGAUGCAAGAGGAAGAGCGCGAACGUGAGCGCGAGGCAGCUGCCAAGGCUCCCCCUCCUGAACCCGAGCCGAAGGAGGAGAGUGAGCGCGAGUCGCUCACUGCGCUCAUCUCCGAGUGGAAGAAGACGGUCGAAGGCCAGUGGAGCACCGUGCGCGAAGAGUGGACUGCCGAACGCGAUCGCCUGGCCAAGGCCCGCGACGAGUGGGAGGGCAAGAUUAGGACGCUCGAGAGCGGGCUCGAGUUGCGCAUCUCCUCGUCAAUCGCAACCCAGGUUUCGAGUCACCUGCAGAACGGCCAUUUUUUACCCCACGGUGACAUCAAGAUCGGCCUGAACGGGACCCACGGUGGUGGUCUCGUCACUCCCCCUAGUCCGGUCAGCGUCGCGAGCAAUGGUCCGCGCAGCAAGGGCCGGAAACGCCGUGGUCGUGCGGGCGGGACCGGAUCGCGCUCGACGUCGCAGUCGCCGGCAAGAUCCCUCUCGCCUGUCUCCCCCAUGGACCUCGGGAACGAGCGGACGCUCAACGGCAUCAAUGUUGAGGGCCUCGCUGGCAAGAAGGGUCUUCGUAGACGACGAGGCUCCCACUCACGGUCAAGGUCGCGCUCGGUGUCGCCGUCGAUCGACGAGAACGAGAACGAGGAUAGCGAGGCGGAGAUGGGUAUCGGCCCGAUAGACUCAAACCCGAAGAUGCGGUAUCCGUUCACGCCUGAUCCUAGCAUUGGCGACUCGUCGUCGUCCGGGUCGGCGGCGCCGAAGGAGAAGGAUGAGCUCGAGCUCGAAGACUCGAUGACGUCAAGUGCGGUCGUCGAGGCUGGCCGGAAGGGUUACGUCUCCGACGGGCAAAUACGAACAGCGAUGAGCCUCUUCGUCGUCGGCGUCGCGACGGCCGUUGUGCUAUGGCGUGUUAAACCGGACUCACUUAAUUAGUGUUCUGGUGCGACGCGCGGUGCCUCCCCUAUGCAGUUUUCUCUCUUCUCAGCAUCUUUCGUUCGGCAUUCGGCGAGGGGGUGAGACCCUCGAUAAUACAGCACAUCAGUAAUCGCGGAUCGGACUUCGGCACAAAUUCUCUAUCGUCCAGCAUCCGGUUGCCUCCACUCAUCCUCCUCCAUCGAUUCAUUCAUCCUUGAUUGUUCUCGCCUCCGCUCGCGGCGCACGCAACGCUCCUUCACCCACUCUCGCCCACCCCCCUCCGCCGCGUGCGCUCGCCACUCCUUCCUGUCGCCCCCACCCUAUGCCUCGACAUGCUGUUCGCGCAGCAGCCUCAUGACCUCACGAUAAUCACGACGACUACCCACUAUCAAUUAUAACACAAGUUCAAGUUCUCGCAGUUGCAGUCGAAUCUUCAGUUAUUCGCCAUGUGCCGUUGUCGUUUGCCGCCCCGCUCGCGUCUUCGUCCGUUGUCCGUAUCGUCUUUAUCGUCUCAUUGUCUAUUGGCUCGUCGCCUAGUCAGUUCAGUACGCCAUUAUCUCUUGUCGCCUCGUCUUGCCUUGCCCCGCCAAAUCCUCGUAUUCAUAUGCACGUUCUCGCACCAGCUUAUUUUCUUCCUUGGCAGAACUCUAAACUCGACAAGUUUCGUCGACGCAUGUCUCUAGCUAUUAGCUCUCGCUCUCGAUACAGAUUUCCCACUUUCUAAUUUAUAUGAUUCUUCGCUCGUGUCAGACGUACAACUCUUGGAUUCACGCGGUUCCGCUUUCGUAGUUUUUUCGGUUGGUUUUUGGAUGGGCGAUGCGUAUCCGGUAUGACCGUGGCGCGGGGGUCCAGAGCGGUGUUUGGAUCGAGGGCAUCGGACUGCCUCUUUUGAAGAGAGCUUGUGGGGUGGAUAGGGGGCGAACAGAGUACGAAGGAUCAAGAUGAACGCGAAGAUGGAGACAACAUGUAAGGCGCAGCGACGCGGUCGAGCAGGUGCAGAAAGCCAGAGCAAGACGAGAGGAGAGGAUGUGAAGGAAGGUGAUUCACUUUAGAUUAGAUUAUCUGUUUAAUGCGCGAGGUUUGGAUCCGGAGGUUGGUGCAUACACGUAUACGUAUGAGUACGAUACGAUAGACGCUGUAGCGUAGCUAUAGCCACACACGGAGGAGGUGUUGUCGGAGGUGUCGGAGGCGUAAAGAGCUUGAAGCUUGACGCAUAGUACAUAUUACCCAUUCGUUCGUAUGUUUUGGUAUGGAUUUCGC